AGAUCGACUCUACGUGAAAGAGAAUGAUUGGGGUUACCUUGGCUUUGGUCCUUAUAUUGGCGGGUCUUGCCUAUACCAUGACCUGGAACUUCAAUUACUGGCGAAAGCGAAAGGUGCCGGGUCCCAAGCCCAAACUUAUCACCGGAAACUAUCCGAACCUGUAUAUGAUGAAGAGGAAUAUGAUCUACGACUUGAACGAUAUCUAUGAAAAGUACAAAAGCAAGUAUGAUGCAGUGGGCAUCUUCAGCGGACGGGUUCCCCAACUUCUGGUGAUCAGUCCGGAACUGGCACGUCGAGUUUUCGUGUCGAAUUUCAAAAACUUCCAUGACAAUGCUUUGUCCAGAUUGACUGACGAAAAGACCGACUUUAUCCUGUCCAAUAAUCCGUUUUCGCUCACCGGUGAAAAGUGGAAGCAACGGCGGGCUGAUAUUACUCCGGGUUUGACCAAUGGUCGGAUAAAGUCCGUCUAUCCAGUGACGAACAAGGUGUGCCAGCAAAUGACCGAGUGGGUGAAAAAGCAAAUUCGUUUGGGUGCAGCCGAUGGCAUUAAUGCCAAGGAUUUAAGUCUCCGCUUUACUUCCGAAAUGGUCACCGAUUGCGUUUUGGGUCUAGGUGCCGAUAGUUUCACGGACAAUCCAACUCCUAUUAUGGCCCACAUCAAGGACCUGUUUAACCCGCACUGGACCUUCAUGACCCUCUUCGCCCUGGUUAACAGCUUUCCCUCUCUAAGUCAUCUGAUCAAACUACGCUUUGUACCGCAUCAUGUGGAGCGUUUCUUUAUCGGAUUGAUGGAAACAGCGGUUCAGUCGCGAAAAUCCCAACAGGCAACUGGCCAGUUCCAGCGCACCGACUUUCUGGACUAUCUGAUGCAACUAGGUGAAAAGAGGAACCUGGAUACUCGCCACCUCCUGGCCCACACCAUGACCUUCCUUCUAGAUGGCUUCGAAACUGUAGCCGGCGUUCUAUCGCACAUGUUGCUGCUACUGGGCCGCGAUGCUGUGGUGCAACAGCGCCUGCGGGAGGAGAUCCAAUCCCAUUUGCAGGAUGGUAUCAUACCCUACGACAAACUCCAUGAGUUGCCCUAUCUGGAUGCCUGUCUACAUGAAUCAAUACGUUUAUUCCCACCUGGCUUUAUGACUUCCAAACUCUGCACCGAAACCGUGGAGCUGCCCAACAAAGAUGGUCCCGAUUUCACCGUGGAAAAGGGAACUGUUGUUGUGAUACCCCACUUCUGUCAUAUGAUGGACGAGGAGUUCUUCCCCAACCCGGAAAUAUAUAAUCCUGAACGCUUUAUGGAUCCCAAUACCACCAAAAAUCAUCGCGAACGAGGUGUCUACAUGGGAUUUGGAGAUGGUCCGCGUAUCUGCUUAGGUAUGCGCUUUGCCACUUCUCAAAUAAAGGCGGCCAUCGUAGAGCUGAUCAGCAAGUUCAAUGUCAAGGUCAAUCCAAAGACCCGCAAGGACAAUUUGUACGACCCAACCUUGUUUCUAGCCAAUCUAAAUGGAGGUAUUUGGUUGGAUAUGAAGGUGCGGCAAUAAUUACGUUAAGAGGUUUUAUCACCACGCCAUAAAUUAUUUAAUUAGAAAUCAUUUAUCGCGGGAACAUUAUCUCUAUAAGUGCCCUUAUCUGACCAGCUCAUGGUCGUUCCAUUAACUACCAAUUAUACAAAUCCUUUUUAACGUGUAUUUACUGAAUAUGUG